GGUGCGCACGCUACGGCGAUGUCAGCGUUUGACGUUUGCAGCACGAGUUUACCAGAAAUAUGCUCACCGCGCGGCUAUUGUGUGGUGUGCGUUUUCUGUUCCAUCUUUGCAGCCGAACCGAACGGUUCAGCGUUUUGUGCCUUUCCGUGCUGUGGUCUUCGAUCGUUUUGCGUCGCCCUUUUACUCUGUCCGCUUAAUCCAGCCCACAGCUGAGGUCUCUUACCAGGCCGCCUGCAAUCGUUUGUCGAACCCUCCUCCCCCCCCAGAAACCGGACCGGUGAAAGAUGUCGACCGGCAUAGCAGGAUGGAUAACAUGCCGGCAAGUGCUGAACAUUAUGGUGAUCUUCGGCUUCAUGCUGAACUACGCGCUGCGCGUAAACUUCACGAUCGCGAUCGUGGCGAUGACGAAAACGAUCGUGAACGUAGCCACCGGUGGGGACAACAGUACCGGGCUGCUGAACGAUACGGCAACCACGCUGGCGGAACUGUCCAGCACCACCACCGAAUCGUCCGUGAUCGAUGAGGCGGACAAGUUUGAGUGGGACGCCCGCCAGCAGAACCUUAUGCUCGGAAGCUUCUUCUGGGGUUACGUGCUGACGGAGCUGCCGGGUGGCCGCUUGGCGGAGAUUAUCGGUGGCCGGCGCGUGUUCGGGUACAGCAUGCUGUGGGCCAGCUUGCUUACCCUGCUGACGCCACUCGCCUCCAACACGCACUACAUUGCGGUGGUAAUUUUGCGUGCCGUGCUCGGCUUCUUUCUCGGUGCGUCCUGGCCCGCCAUUCACCCGCUGACCGCCGUUUGGAUUCCGCCGAUGGAUCGGUCGAAGUUCAUUGCGAAUAUGAUGGCUUCGUCGCUCGGUGCCGCCAUUACGAUGCCUAUCUGUGGGUUCCUGAUCGCGACGAUCGGAUGGCAGAGUGUGUUCUACUUUACCGGCGGGCUCGGUUUGGUGUGGUCGAUCGUUUGGUUCCUGGUGGUGUUUGAAACGCCGGCUUCCCAUCCACGCAUCACGCCCGAGGAGCGGAACGAGAUCGAGACGGCCAUUAAUGCGGCCGGCAAGAAGAAGAAGCCUUCGUACGUGCCGUGGAAGUCGAUCAUUACCUCACCGCCGGUCUGGGCCAUUAUUCUUACGCACGGUGCGUCCGUGUUUGGGUUCUUCACCGUCGUGAACCAGCUGCCCACCUACAUGAAGUACAUUCUGCAUUUCAACAUUAAGGAGAACGGAUUGCUUUCCUCCUUGCCCUACUUUGGAAAGUACGCCAUGGCUGUGAUUUCAUCGCAUUUAGCUGAUUACCUGAGAAAAUCGGGCAAACUGUCGACGACCGCCACCAGAAAGAUUUUCACCGCCUUCGCUGUGAUGACUCCCGGCUUCUUGAUGAUCAUUCAAGUGUACAUGGGAGAGAACCGUUCCUGGGCGGUUGGUAUCUUUACGCUGUCGCUCUUCCUGAACGGUGCCGUCACGGCCGGCUACCUCGGCAACGGGCUGGACAUUGCGCCCAACUUUUCCGGCACCAUCUUCGGUAUGGCAAACACGCUGUCCUCGUUCGGUGGUUUCGUAUCCGCGUACAUGGUUGGUGUGCUCACCAACGACAAUCAAACCUACGGUCAGUGGCAGAUCGUGUUCUGGAUUCUGGCCGUGGUGUACAUUACGGGUUCCUCGGCGUACGUGCUGAUGGGUACGGGUGAGCUGCAAGCCUGGAACAAUCCGCCGGAGAAGGGUGACGGUAACGGUGAAACGGAGGAAGGUGUCCCGCUUAACCAGCGCGGACAGGCUGCCGUCAAGUAAGAAGGGUGGAAAACGCAUAGCGUUUUGAAUACCUACAAGCGUGUGCUCUAUAUUCGGGCGACUGAUGCCAAGCAGCGGCAGCAGCAGCAGCAGCAGGCAGGUAAAGCUCGCUUAUUAGGGCGCCACAUUUGCGUGCUAUUUUAAAAAAAGCCACAAACAAAACUAGGAAACAUCGACAACAGAAUUUCAAACCGUGUGGUUAGGUGCGUGUGUUCCGUAGCAAAGAUAUUGAAGGACAUCAAAAUGUGGGGAAGGGAAUUUACAGAUUUGUCGUAGCAUUUAAUAACUUAUUGUUUUAAAAAAAAAACCACAACCUCUCUAGUAAGGGUGCAGUGAGCUGCUGCGCGAGCGCAAAUGCUGUGUUUAUAGUAUUUUGUAGCAGGUUCACUGUGUUACUCUGUGUUUUAGAAAGGAUCGUUUGCCAAGCACCACAGGACCGUUAGCGGUAGGAAAGCACAGGGAGAGGAAUGUGAGUGUGAGUGUGUGUGUCCGAAGGCAUGUUGUUGGUAGUAGUAGCUGCAGGAAAGCAUCUGGUUGAUUCAGGGGUUUUGACUUAAUUUUAUACUGUACAAAAAACAAAAUGCGUGUAGAAAAAGCGGAACAGUGUGUGGCAGAGUUUUGGUGAAGCACGCGCGAAAAGGAUCCCCCCCCAAGGGAAAGGAGAAUGAACAAUUUUCAUGUUUUAAUGAAAAUCGAACGAACAUGACCGAGAGGGGCGUCCGAAGAUGGAGGAGGAUUGGCGGUCGGCACUGUGCCCUCCUCCUCGAUCGUUUCUCAUUCUUCCUUCCCGGCAGGAGAGAGGAACAAACCACAGUGUGCAGUGCACUUCGCGGAACUUUGGCUGCAUAUGUGUGUGAGAGUGGUGUGCGCUUUUUCGUUUUUUUUUUUUGGAACGGAAAAUGUUAACAGAGUAGAUUUCGAUGAACGUGCCUUUUUACAACACUACCUUCCAUAGUGUGGAAUGCGAAUCUUGUUAAUAGCUAGCAGAUAGAUCAAACCGGCCCAACACAUUACUCCUUAACCCACGGAAGAAGACAGACAGCUAGGAAGGGAAUCAGUCUACUUAAACUUUUACAGAGACAGACAGACGGUACUUGAUAUUUUAUUUACAACACUUUUUUUCUUGUCUGUGUACCAAUAGACAUACACACACACCUUAGCGCGUGUACUGAUGAACUCAUUUUUAAAUAGAAUGAACAAUAAAGACGGUAAAUGUUAACGUGGAGAAAAA